CACACUCUAAAGACUAAUUCAUUAUUAAUUUAAUUAUCCGGUGGCUCAUUCCCCAUUGGGAAACACACUCCGAUUGGCUGCUCCGGGAAGUGUUACCCUGUGAUUACAUAAGAGAUGACAUAAGAACAAUAACAAAUUCAAUUAAUACCCGUGAAUUUCAAUCUUUAAUACUGAGAACAAUUGAAGAUAACUAGUACAUCUCCAAACAACAGAUGCCAUACUAUGUAAAGACUGGACUGACAAAAGAACUACACACACUCACUCACCCUCCAAUACCAUGCCAAAUUCUAGAAAGUUAUCCGGUCUAUAUAUAGCUAAUGAGGAUAAAUUAAAAUUCACAGCUAUUGCAGAUUCAGAUGAUGAUUCAGAUGAUGAUAAUGAUCAAUUCUUGGAUCCAAAUUCAUUCAAUAUCCCAUCUGGAAGGAAAUUCUCCACCAUUUCAAGAAGAAACUCAGUCAGAUCGAAAAUUUCAAUAAAUGGUUCUGCAAAAGAUUCAACAAAUAUCCCAAUAACUCAAGAUUAUUCAUCUGAUUUAUCACAAAGAACUAUAAAUGAUUUUAAAGAGAUCAAUAUAUUGGGGAUUGGCUCAUAUGGUCGUGUUUACCUCGUUGAAGAUGUCUAUACCAAAAAACUUUAUGCUAAAAAGACAAUUAAAAAGGCCAAAAUUUCAAUUGAUGAAAAAUUAUUUAAAACUCAUAAAAAUGAACGUGAGAUUUUAUCAUCAAUAAAUCAUCCAUCUAUUGUUAAACUUUUCUAUAGUUUCCAUGAUUACCAAGAUAUAAAUUUCAUUUUAGAAUAUAUCCCAGGUGGUGAAAUUUUUUAUCAUUUAUCCAAAACUAAAAGAUUUAAUGAAUUUGAUACUGCUUUUUAUUUAGCUGAGAUUUCUCAAGCUUUAACCCAUCUUCACAAAGUUGCCGGUGUGGUUUAUCGUGAUUUGAAACCUGAAAAUGUCUUGCUGAAUGCUCAAGGCCAUGUUGUAUUGACUGAUUUUGGAUUAUCUUCAUUAGAUGAAGUUUGUCAUUCAAUCUUGGGCACCCCACAAUUCACUGCUCCUGAGGUUUUGAAAGGUGAGGAAUAUUCUUAUCCAGCUGAUUGGUGGUCUUUUGGUAUAAUGAUGUAUGAUAUGUUGGUUGGUGAAACCCCAUUUAGUGGGAAUAAUCGUGCAAAGAUUUUCAAUAAAAUAUUGAAAACAAAGUUAAAUAUUCCAGAUUAUUUAUCAGAAGAUGCUAAAGAUUUAUUAAGGAAAUUAAUUAAUAAAAAACCUGAAAAAAGGUUGAAGAUUGAUUCAGAUUUUGAAAAUUUAUCAAAUCAUAGAUUUUUCAGAAAGAUUGAUUGGGAAAAUUUAAGAAAUUUGAAACCUCCAAUCAUACCUGAUACUACAGACAUCAGUAAAGCUAAUAAUUUUGAUCAUGGUUAUAUCAAUCUCAUAUUGGCUAAAGAGGAGAAAAUUCUUGAUAAUGUGGAAGCUGAGAAUGACCAAUCGAAAAAUGAUGAAACCGAUCUAUUUGAUAAUGAAUUGUUUAAUGGGUUUAGCUUUGUUGCAUCAAAGAAUUUUUUGGAUACACACAUGUGAUUAAUCAAUUCCAAGAUUAUACAAUGAUGGAACACGGAGAGGUACAUCAACUUGACCAAAAAUCUAUGAUGUAUACAUGAAGAAACAUCACAGCUCUGCAAUGCUUUAUCUAGCAGUCAACAUGGCAUACCA